AUGGUCAAUCAAAAGAAGGUUGAGUACAACGAACGUGGACAAAGAAUUGAAAAAAGCCUUAAAUAUUUCGUAAUUGAGGAAAGAAGAAAACGGGAAAAGGAAGAGGACGAUCCACUAGAAGGCAUUAUGGAAGAGAGUUUGUUCAUUAAUAGUCAAUCGGGAAUGGAAUUACUUUCUCAAUAUUGUCUUCCAACACCAAAGAGCCUAAAUAAUCAGCUUAUUGUAGAGAAUUAUGAUCAUCAUCUUAUUGAUUUGAAUUCAAUGUUGCUUGUCAAGUAUGAAGACAUGAAUGAUUUACAAUCUAGGCUUGAUGAUAUUACUACCUCAAUGAAAACAUUAUCCUUUGAGAAGGAUGUUCCUGGAGAGGAAGAAUUUCCAACUCAAUUUGAUGGAGUUAAUUUUGAAAUUAGUACUCAAUUGAAAAAGUAUAAAUCAAACUUUGAAAAUAAGAGACUAAGCAAGUUUCUAUCAUGCGAAAAGAAUCAAAAGACAAUAUUUGAUUUCAUCAAACCAUCCCAUAAAAGAAAACCCGAUGAACCUAAACUCUCCGAAGAGCAAUCCAACUUCAAAAAGCAAAAACUCAUUUCAGAAUAUACAUGUCAUCAGAGUGGAGAGGAAAUGUUUGAAAUCUUAGAGAGGAGCAUUGAGAGAAAGAAGAAACAGCAUCAAGGACAUUCUGAGAAACAAGUUGAAGAACAACAUUUAGUGGUUGUACUCGAAGAAUCACCAGAUGUUUCAUCCUAUUCGUCUAAAAAUCAGCCUUCCUCCUUGAAACCUCAAGAACCUUCUGCCUCAAUUCAAUCCAACAGUAAAGCAAAGCAAUUAGAAUCAAAGCCAAGUGAGGAAACUCCCAUCGAAACCAAGCCAAAAACCUACAUGGAAAGAAUUAGAGAUCAUGCCAAACUCUUCCAUUCCAAACACAUUCCCAAAAGCACCCUAACCAUCAAAAAGAAGCCAGAGAAACAAAAAACUAGAGACAUUCUCAAAGAGGAAGAUGAUUUCUCGAUUCCACAGAGAUGUCCAGUUCUUUCCGAUAUUUUAAUGUUGUGCAUGAGCUCGGCUCCACCAUCAUCAAGAGAAGAAUUAUGUCGGCUACACAAAGAUAGAUUGGAUCAUUGUUUGGAUCAUGAAAUGAGGAUAGAAUUUGAAAGACAAAUUCACUCAAAUUGUUCAACUCAAUUCAGAACAUUAACUUCGGGGAAGUUGGAAAAGAACUUGGCCUAUAAUGAAUUGAUCAAUUGUCUCAGGGAGCAAAUCACCAAACCUACCUCCAUCAUUAUUUAA